AUGGAUAUAGAUGUGUUGGAAGAUGUAACAAUCUUAGAAGAACCAGUUUUAGCUGAUUUUCAAAGACUCAUGGUGCUUACGAAUUAUACAGACCAAGGGUCAUCUCAGUUAGCUUGUCUCAUGAAACAUUGGGAGUAUAAGCAAGUAAACGCAGUUCGCCUUCUUCGAGAAGAGCUCGACAACCUUAGCAAACAAAGGGAGAAAGUUGAGCUUAAAAAGGAGGAAAGCUACGGUGGAGACAAACGUCUUGUUUCGAUAUUGCACGGUGUUGUUCAAAACAAGAGAGAUGAAAUUGAGGCUGAGUCUGAAACCGUAGGUUACUGGAAACAUCGGGCGAUUGACUUGGAAAGACAGUUAGAGGCAAGUAUUCAGAGAGAAGAGAUCUUAAAGGAAAUGUUGCAAGAAAGUGUAGAGAAUAUUAAAAAACAAUCCUCACCUGUGGAGGGAGUCUCACAGAUUCUUAAGAGACAAGAAACUUUCUUACAUUUUAUACUUCAAAAUGCACCUCUUGUUAUUGGUCAUCAGGACAAAGAGUUGCGCUAUCGAUUUCUCUAUAAUCAUUUUCCAGGUUUAAAAGAGGAGGACAUCAUCGGGAAAACGGGGGAGGAAAUCUUUUUGGGAUCAGGUGUGAAGGAAUCUGAAGAUUUUAAGAGAGAAGUAAUGGAGAAAGGAUUUCCUGCCAAAAGAGAAAUAACUUAUGAGACAGAACUAUUUGGAUCAAAGACAUUUUUGAUGUAUGUAGAACCUGUGUUUAGCAAGGCAGGAGAAACAAUUGGAGUAAACUACAUUGGAAUGCAAGUAACAGAUCAGGUGAUAAAAAGAGAAAAAAUGGCAAAGCUAAGAGAAGAAAUUGCAGUUCAGAAAGCAAUGGAAACAGAACUUAACAAAACCAUUUACAUCACAGAGGAGACAAUGAGAGCAAAACAAAUGCUGGCAACAAUGUCUCAUGAGAUAAGAUCUCCACUUUCUGGUGUUGUUGGCAUGGCUAAAAUUCUUACUACAACAAAACUUGAUAGGGAGCAAAGACAACUGUUGGAUGCAGUGAUAUCUUCAGGAGAUUUAGUUCUUCAACUUAUUAAUGAUUUACCUGAUGUUUCCAAGGUUGAUCUAGGUUAG